UUUAUCCGUUCGAACUUUGGAGUUUUAUACAUACUUUAUAUUUAGAUUUUUGAUGUUACUUUUUAUCUGUGCAAUAAUUUUUAUUUUAAUUUCAAUGUUUUUGAUUUGCUUUUCUGAUUUGUUUGUUCUCGCGUUUUCAUUUUUUAAAAUUCAUUAUUUUCAUAUUACAAUUUUUCAUUAUUCUAAUUUAAUAGACACAUCGUUUCAGGAAAGUCCGUCCAGGCAUUAA